AUGUCACUCGAAGGUCUCAAGCUGGGCUUCGGGCGUUUGACUGGAAUGGUAGUAGGUGGAUUUAUGAUAUUUGGAAAGUUGGACACUGGUCUUCCUCGUUUUGGUCCAUUGGCGAUAGCAGAGAACUGUCUUUCUCAACGCCUGCUCUUUCUCGUCGCUUUCCUCGAUUUCUCCAAGCUCAUCGUCAACAUCAUCUUCGCCGAUGAUGUUGCCGCAGCUUCUCUCAUGAUUUGCCGAUAUAUGCCAGCUAAACUCUUAUCGAAGCUCGUUGACGGUCUGUCUUCUGUAUAA